GGCACUCCUUUGUGUGUGUGUUUUGUCACAAGUUUGCUUGCGCUCUAGCGUUUGCUUAGCAUGCCUAUGAGCCAAAAAGCAAAAGAAAAAGAAAUAUAAAGUGGCUGUCUGCCUCGAGCGAGAUAAGAGGCACCCUCUCGAGUAGCUCCUCUCGUCUCUCUCUCUCUCUCGACCGCGAAAGGAGACAAUCAAUCAAUCGCGUUUGUAGCAAUGAGGAAGCUCACUUUGAAGGUUUCUAUGUCCUGCGGCAAGUGCAAGGACAAGCUCGUGAAGCAGCUCAGCGAGGUCCCAGGCGUGAGCAAAGUGGAGCUAGUUGACGGCUCGACGCUGGUCAUCACCGGCGACUUCAAGGCGAACGAGGUGCUGGAGGCGAGCGGCAAGCGGCGAAAGUGCCUGGCGGUGGAGUCCAUGGAGGAGCUGCCGGAUCCUCCGCCACCGCCACCGCCGGAGCCGGAGCAACCCUCGGCGCCGCCCGAGCCGGAGCCAGCGCCGCCCGAGCCGCCCAAGCCCGAGGAGGAGCCGCCAAAGCCCGCGGAGGAGCCGCCGAAAGAGGAGCCCCCUCCUCCGCCACCAACGCAAGUCAUCUGCGUGGAUACAUGGCCCAGCGAGUUCGCAAAGAUUGGAAAGCUCCCCGGCGGCAUCAUCGUCCUCGUCAAGAAUUUGAUCCUCUGCCCCCACAACAACCAAGUCUCCGACUGUGAUUCCUGCUGCUAGUAGCUUGAUCAGUUUGAGGUACGUAGAGAUCAUCGCCGAAUAACUUCUAGAAACUUCACUCCUCCCCAACUCGAAGAAUCUAAUAAAAAUCAAAACUUUAGCACGAUCCA